AUGGCCAGCGAAAGUAAGCUACACGUAGUGAUGUUUCCAUGGGUAGCUUUUGGUCACAUGAUCCCUUUCUUAGAGCUCUCCAAGGUCAUAGCCCAAAAGGGUCACAGAGUCUCCUUCGUAUCAACCCCUAAAAACAUCCAACGGCUCCCAAAACUGCCUCCAAACUUCGCCUCUCUCAUAAACCUAGUAAAGAUUCCUUUACCUCUCGUCCCUAACCUCCCUGAAAAUGCAGAGGCCACCAUGGACGUCCGUACAGAAGAUAUGCCCUACCUCAAGAAGGCCUUCGACGGUCUCGAAGCUGGUCUGUCUGAGUUUUUACAGAACUCAUCUGCAGAUUGGAUUAUAUAUGACUUUGCUCCUCACUGGUUACCCCCAAUCGCGGCAAAGCUUGGAGUUUCACGCGCUUUCUUCAGCAUCUUCAACGCCUGGUUUAUAUCUACGCUUGGACCAUCAGUUUCGGCCAUGGUUGACGGUUCUGAUCCAAGGACAGCGCCGGAGCAUUUUGUCGUGCCGCCGGAGUGGAUCCCUUUUCCCACGAACCUUGCGUAUCGGCACUACGAGAUCAAUUGGAUUCGUAGCACAAUAAACAUAAACGCUUCUGGGUUUUCCGAUACGUAUCGUUUGGGCUAUGUGAUUAUGGGGUCUGACGCCAUUUUUAUACGAGACUGUAACGAACUCGAACCUCUUUGGUUGAACCUCCUCGAAGAGCUUCACCAAAAGCCUGUAAUUCCGGUGGGCUUCAUGCCCCCGCCGGCACAAAAUUACGGCGCUGACAAAGAUGAGACAUGGGUUUCUAUCAGAGAGUGGCUUGACGGCAAAAACAAAAGCUCUGUGGUUUACGUUGCAUUGGGGAGCGAAGCGACACUGAGUCAAAACGACGUCACUGAGUUGGCUCUCGGGUUGGAGCUUUCUGGGUUGCCUUUCUUUUGGGCUUUAAGGAAGCCACCUGGGUCGACCAAGUCUGACUCGGUGGAACUGCCACAGGGGUUCCUGGAGAGAAUCAAAGGUCGUGGGCUCGUUUGGACGAGCUGGGCGCCUCAACUCAGGAUACUGUCUCAUGACUCGGUUGGUGGUUUCUUGACUCACUGUGGUUGGAGCUCAACUAUAGAAGGCUUGACAUUAGGGCACCCACUGAUUAUGUUGCCAUUCUUGGUGGAUCAAGGGUUAAAUGCUCUGGUUCUUGUGGAGAAGAAGGUGGGAAGAGAAGUACAGAGAAACGAAGAUGGGUCGUUUACAAGGAAUUCGGUGGCUGAGACACUGAGGUUGGUGAUGGACUUUGACGGCGAGGGAAGAGCUUACAGGAAUAACGCAAAGGAAAUAAGUGAGAUAUUCAAAGACAAGAAUCGACAAGACAGAUAUUUAGAUCAGUUUGUUGAGUAUCUUGAAAACCAGAGAGCUCUUCUUCAAAAGACCUGA